AUGGCCACCGCCCGCACCGUCACUGUCUCCCACCUCGGUGGUAUCGACGUCGGCUACUGCAUGCCCGCCUACGACCCUGCCAAGCCCACCCUGCUCAUGAUCAACAGCUUCGCCACCGACGUUCGCCUGUUCAACGACCUCUUCGCCAGCGCCGCCGCCGCCGCCCAGGUCAACCUGCUCGCUAUCGAGCCGCUCGGCUGCGGCCGCACCCGCCCCAAGACCUGUGCCUACUGGAGCCACUGGGACAGCGCCUACAUGGCCCUCCAGGUUCUCGACGCCCUGAAGGUCGACAAGGUCUUCAUCCUCGGCGUCCGCGGCCUGAUUCCCGUCAGCAUCUCCUUCGACUGCGAGAGCGCCCGCGCCCGCGAGCUGGGUUGCUGGGAUUCGGCCGCCGUCAUACGCAAGUAUCUGCCCGAGUGGGACAAGCCCGGCCCGACCCCGGACUACGUCCCGACCGACAACUUCAGCGAAUACUACGCCGACGUCAACUUCGGCCCCGACUGUCCCGCCGAGGUGCGCGACUUCUGGGUGCAGAAUCUCAAGGCGCGAUACCGCGGCAACGCCGGCCGCAGAGAGCUGAUGGUCAUGUCCUUCGCCUACCUCGAAAGAGGCUCCAUGUACUGCAAACUCCGCGACAUCCGGUGCCCGUUGCUGCUAAUUAUGGCCUCCCACGACCCCGUGUUUUCGGUGGAGAAUGCCAAGGACGAAAUCCAAUGGGCCGCCAAUUCGCCCGAGGCGAAACUCGUCGUCGUCGAUGGCCAGGACCACUCUCUCAUUUACUUGCACUCCAAGGAGGUCGAACAAUACGUCCUGGAUUUUGUGAAAAUGUAUGGUUGA